AUUACUGGCCACCUGGGUUUGUUUGUGGAACAUCAGCUGAUUGAUCGUAUUUGGAAAACGCAAAAUUAGUUUGGCAUUCUUAAAUAUUUUGCAAGUUAAAUUUAAUUAAAUAGAGUGAAGAUUAUCAGGACGCAGACUACAUCUUUUAUCGUGUCAGGAUGGAAGUAAAUUCUACUUUUUGGAGUGGAAAUGAAUGUAUUGAAGAGAGACUGUCGAAGUUCAUUUGCAAUGAAUUCCUCUCAGAUAUGAUUUUUGUGGUUGGAAAGGAAAAGAAGAGAGUUCCUGGACACAAGUUCAUACUGAGUUCAUGCAGUUGGCAAUUCUAUAAUGCAUUCAAUCUGCUGAAGUUGGACAAAGACGAACUUCCAGUUGAGGAUGUAUCUUAUGAGUCAUUUCUAGGAUUUCUCAGUUAUUGCUAUACCGGAAAAGUAUUUCUAGAUGACAAAAGCACUUUGGAAAUUUUGAAACUGGCUCAUAGGUUUCAAAUUGAUCAUUUAGUAAAACUCUGUACAGAUUACCUCUAUCUAAAUACCACAGAUAAAACAUGCAUGAUGAUAUUCAGUAGAUGCUUAUCGAUAACAGAAGAUUCAGUACUUAUCAAUAAAGUAUUGGAUAUCAUAGCAUACCACUUUUCCUCAAUAAUCCAGGAUGAAUCUUCAAUGAAAAUCUUUCGCAAUCUUCCAUUUGAUGCACUGCAAAAAAUUACUGAAAGAAUGGACUUACGUUGCAAUGAAAUGGAAUUGUUUGAUGCAUUGAUGAAGUGGGCAAUUCACAAUUGCUUGAAAAUCAAAAUUGUUCCUGAACCCAAAAAUCUGCGGAGAAUCCUACGGCACAUUUUCUACAGAAUACCAUUUUCUUCGAUGCAAAUGAAAUGGAUAUUUGAGAUAUUGGCAAAAUAUCCAGAGAUACUGACUCCGAAAGAAAUUCUAGAUAUUUCUUCUUCUCUGGCUAAUGGAGAAAAGUCCCAAUCAGAAAAGAAUUCCCGCAAGAAAACAACAAUUUUUUCAAUAAAGUCAAUAAAAGUGGAUAUUCCAAAGGAGCAACAACUUGUAUCAUGCUUUACGAAUGAACUGCAAAUCAAGGAUGAUUGCUUAUCAGAAAUGUCAGUAAAGUUUACAAGUUCAAUUCGUAGAGGUUUUGUAGGAUAUGCCUUUAUAGCGAAAACAGGUCAGGCAAUUGCAGAAAUAUCUUGCAAAUUGGAACGCCUGGAUCUGUACGUACCUUACGUGUACAAUCGAAAUGUAAAAAUAGAGAAAAGGCACAAAAUAAGUUGGGAUUACGAAUUAGUGAUCGUGCGAUUACAGGAAAUGGUAAUGAUUUUGCCAAAUUACACCCAUCAAUUGCAUUGCAAAUUUGACGCUAAACUACCGCAUAUUGUGAGUAAACCUAAUAAAAUCUUGGAAAUCUUCCAUUUCAACAAUUCGAAGGAAAUUUUCAUUGAAAUUGAUGAUUGCAACUUGAUACCAUAUCUGAUCUUCCGACAGCCAUUUCUUUAAAGGAUUUUUUAUUAUUUGAAAAGCAAAAUGUUUGCAUUGUUCUUUGUACAAGGAAUAAAAAAAUGAACCAA